CAGCCCUAGCACCGGGCGGCCAUGGGGCGGGGCUCUUGGGCUCAGGCGACGUGGCCAGACCAGGCCGCGGAGAAGGCGCUCGCGUGGGCUGGGGCCGGCCUUCCUUAGGGGAAGCUGGCAUCGGGCCGGGAUGGAGAGGCUGGCUCGGCCACCCCGGCCAGGAGGCAUCCACGGAAUGUGGCGGCUCAGCACUCGCCCCCUCGGUAAUUCCCUACGGGAGCGACGAGGAGGAAAGAGACGGUCCCCAAGCCCUGGACGGUCGUGCCUCGGUUUUCUGAGUGGCGAGAUUGGGGACCCUUCCUCCUCCAAGUUGCAGACGUAAGGUCGAGCACACCUGGGGCCGCAGGCCCGGGAGGUCGCGGCCACAUCCGGAGCGACGCGCCUGAGUCACCCUCGCGACCCCACCCCCACUUGCGUCCGCCCGUCCAGCCCGUCCGCCCAGUGUCUCCAGUUCGCCACUCUCGGCUCCCACCUCCACCCGAGCCGCGCGAGCCCCGCGGGGGCGGGGGGCGGGCCAAGGGGGUGGGGCUGUCUCUUAAAGGGUCCCCGGCCACUGCCCUUAGGCCACUUCCUGGGAGCGGAGAGGACUUCAGCUGCUGCUGCGACACCCCCGUAAGGCAGCGGCUCCCUGGUUCCUAGACUCCCGGCCGCUUCCCUGAAGAGUCCUCGGACCCUGGCAGCUUGGACUGAGCGUGCAUCCUCGCUCCCUAACCGAUACAAAGGCACCUCCACCAUCAGCUCCAGGCAGCCCAACCUCCGUCUCCUGGGACCCGCACCGGAGUCAGGCCAACGCCAGGCCUCUGACUGACUCCCGGAACACUGGGUGGACUCUCCCACGGCGACAGCGAUCUGCCCAAGAACUCGGAAGUUGGACCCUUCAAAGAAUCGGCCUUGUGCUCGCCACCGUCACCUGCUGGUUGGAUUCCGGAAACCCACUGUCUGGAGAUCGCAGAAAGGAAUCGUUGAUCACCCAGAAUCGGAUGCGUCUGGACCUAAAACUCCCUUCCCUCUUGGUCUUCCCUGUGCUCUUUUCAUCCGUUCUCCCAACCUUUCAGGCGUCUCUGUGUCAGAAACCAUCCCCCACCCCCAAGGUAGCUGGGUGAGCCCCAAGUCUUGCUGCCUUGUACUCCAAUCGGUGCCUCCAGCUUAGAGUCUGAAUUUUACAAUUCAAUUCUGCACACACCCAGGAAAUUCUGCCCUUUCUUCUCUUUUGGUGUCUCUAGUACGCCCCAAAAUUUCCCCUCCUCCUGUGCCCUCUUCGCCCCCCUCCUUUGGGGGCCCUGUGACCCUGAAUGUGGGGGGCACACUAUAUUCCACAACUGUGGAGACCCUGACUCGCUUCCCAGACUCCAUGCUGGGGGCCAUGUUUAGGACUGGCACCCCUAUGUCCCCCAACCUCAACCCCCAGGGAGGCGGCCACUACUUCAUCGACAGAGAUGGCAAGGCUUUCCGGCACAUUCUCAAUUUCCUGCGGCUGGGCCGCCUGGACCUUCCCCUUGGGUAUGGGGAGACAGCACUUCUUAGGGCAGAGGCCGACUUCUACCAGAUCCGGCCCCUCCUAGAUGCCCUGCGGGAACUGGAGGCCUCUCGGAGGACCCCUGCACCCACAGCUGCCCUGCUCCAUGCAGAUGUAGAUGCCAGCCCCCGCCUGGUGCACUUCUCUGCUCGCCAGGGCCCACACCACUAUGAGCUGAGCUCUGUCCAGGUGGACACCUUCCGAGCCAACCUCUUCUGCACUGACCCAGAGUGUCUGGAUGCCAUGAGAGCCCGAUUUGGUGUGGCCAAUGAGGAGAGAGCUGAGGGAGGCCCACACUUUCGUCUGGAGUGGGCCCCCCGCCCCACAGAACUCCCUGAAGUGGAGUACAGGAGACUGGGGCUGCAGCCAUUGUGGACUGGGGAGCCAGGAGAACGACGGGAAGUGGUGGGCACACCAGGCUUCCUGGAGGAGGUGCUGCGGGUGGCUCUGGAGCAUGGCUUCCGUCUAGACUCUGUCUUUCCUGACCCUGAAGACCUGUUCAACUCCAGAUCUCUGCGCUUUGUCCGGCACUGAGAACUGAGAACUGGGAAUGCUGUCCCCCAGCUGACUGGGAGGUGGGUGGAAGAAGGGGGCAGCAAAGGAGACGAAGGCUCCCCUGAAGCCUCUUCAUAGCUCUGCUAUGGGAGCUGUGAGAGUCAGGGGUCCUGCUGUACCCGACUGAAGCCUAGAAGUGGGCAGGACUCCCCAAACCCAAGCCCACUACGGGCUCGCAAGUUGUACAGAGGCUCUGGACUGGUGCUAGUAAUCUUGGGAGGGGUGGGGAAGGUUCCCCUGGCUUGUUCUUUCCUGAGGCUGGGGCCUCCAGUGUUUCCUUUGUUGAAGUUCAGUAUUCAGGGGUCUGGAAAAGUGGGGACACUUCUCUGCCCAGGCUAAGCCUAGCUAGCAGAACCCUGCAGGGAUACUGAAGUCUGGGAGGAAGUGGGACUUUGCUCUAAUGUGGUCUCCUGGACUGUGACUUCUCCUCCUGGAGCUGGGUGGCCUGGCCUGACCAAUGACAGGCUAAAACACUCUGGAACAUGGGAAGGGAGAGUCUUUGCUGUGUCCCAAGCCAAUACGGAGGGAGACAGAAAGGCUACACCCCACCCUAGGCUGCCAUAAGGUAGCUAGGAGAAUUCCCAUUAACUGUGGGGGGGAGCAUCCCUCUGGAGAUCCAACUGUUUUAAAGGAUCCCAUAUUAAUGGUGGGGCUGGCCAUAGAGAGGAGGGUGGCACCUUCUUGGGUCCUGGCCUUACUUCCUUCAUGUGUGCGUGCGCUCAGUGUGUGUCUGACUGAUGCAGGGGUCUCUGACAUCCUGGCUCCCAUCUGUGUUAUUGGAGACCGUGUCUGUGUGCACGUCUUUCUGUGGUUUCUGCAUGUCCAGGCCUGUUUGGGGUUGCCCAGCAACUGUUUGGGCACCAGAUGUGUCUGUGGUAUGGAUGUGAGUAGACUGAUAAUUAGUAGUUAAUCACAAGGGAUGUGUGUGUGUGUGUGUGUGUGUGUGUGUGUGUGUGUGUGUACACGCAUGAAUGUAUGUUCACAUCACCACAUAUGGGCCUGUUGGGGUUUGAGUCACUAGGAUCUUCCUGGUGAGAGGUAAGAGAAGUCACUAGGCUUAGCCCGGCCUUGGGAGCCUUUAUAGAACUCUUGGUUGCUAAGGCAGCCAUGGGCCUGUUGCUAGGAGAUAGCUGGAGAAGACCCAAGGCUUCCCAGGGCAAAGAUGAAUGGAAGAGUUUGUGAGAGUCAGGGAGGAUAUUGGACGGGAUGGGAUUUCUGAGUCCCUGAGGGGAUGGGAUACUCCUGAACAACUUCACUGGCAGAGUUACUUAUUAUUUAUCACUUACAAAAAGAAAAAUAAAAUUGUUUUUGGA